CGCAUUUAUCUAUGGAAGUAUUCAUAGUUUAGAGGUAUAGGUAAUCAGUAUUGUAAUUCUAAAUUUGAGCCGAUAAUUAGAUGUUGGUGCCGAACGAAGUACAAUGAUAGCAAGAAAAUGGGUCAUUAAUAAGCCUUUCUUCGGCUUGCCUCAGGAAUCGGAUGUGUCUAUAAUUGAAGAACCACUAGAGGAUCUACGAUAUGGAGACGUAUUAGCUAAAGCGGAGUACAUCUCGGUCGACCCGUACCAGCAUCCGAUCGGCUCGCAAAUGGCAAUAGGCACGACGAUGAUCGGCCUGCAGGUGGCCCUGGUCCUCGAGUCGAAGAAUCCGGACUGGAAGGUCGGGGACAGGAUGGUGGCUUGCCUCGGCUGGCGCGACCUCAGCGUCUUCGACCCGUCCCAGGACCUCGGCUACGCCAUGAUGAAGCACAAGACUUACCGAUUGCCGGAGCUGGGGCCGGAUCUUCCGAGCUCGCUGGCUCUGGGCAUGCUGGGCUUGCCGGGCAACGCGGCCUACUUCGUGCUCAAGGCGCUGGAGCCCAAAGCUGGCGAGACUCUGGUGGUGAGCAGCGCCGCCGGGGCCGUGGGCUCGCACGUCGGUCAGAUGGCCAAGAUUUACGGUCUCAAGGUCGUCGGAGUCGCGGGAAGCGACGAGAAAUGUCGUUGGCUGCUCGACGACUUGGGCUUCGAUCGGGCCGUCAAUUACAAGAGCUGCCAGGACUUGGCUGCGGCGCUCCGGGAUGCCGCCCCCGACGGCUUCGACUGCUACUUCGAUAACGUAGGCGGCGAAAUUUCCAGCUGCAUCCUGGGCCACAUGAAGGAGUUCGGCAGGAUCGCCGUGUGCGGGAGCACCUCGUGCUACAACCACGGCAACAUCUGGCGUUACGAGCUGUUGCCCAAAUGCCCGACGGUCCAGGACAUCGUGUCGAGGCGUCAGCUCAGGAUGCAGGGCUUCUUCGUGUCCAGCUGGGAGCAUCGCUGGUGCGAGGGCAUAAAUCAAACCCUAGCUUGGCUGCGCCAGGGUCGCUUGAAGUACAAGGAGUGUCUGGUUCACGGAUUCGACAAUACUUUUCAGGCCUUCGUGAAAAUGUUGAAGGGAGAGCAUAUGGGUAAAACGAUUGUAAAGGUUUCCUAAUCACUUUCAUACGAGUGAUUUAUGUUAUUUAAGAUGAAUUAUUUUAAAUUAUUCGAUCUCAAAUUAAUUAAAAGAGCGCGCUCUUUUAUUCAAAGUUAAACGUAUUUUCCAAAUAAAAGAUUUGGGAAAUAGAAAGCAUAAUAUUUAGAUGAUAUGCCUUAUGUAAAAUCAUGAAAUGAUAUCAAAAUAAUUAAAUUUUUACAUUAUCGAGAAA